AUGCAAAUAUUUUGGAGCGAGCCGAAGCCUUCGGUACCAGACGUAAAACGGCAGCGAAGCGAAAAGCUCGAUAGUCGUGAGCUGGAUAUGUUGGCUGCACUUGUACCACAACUUGAAAAUGGCGUGGAGCGAAUGGUCGGAAAAAUAUUGGAUAUUCCAACGAGAAGUCUCAAUAUAUCAGUGCCCUACGGCUUGUACAUCCGGCAGGAGUAUUGGGAUCUCUAUGUUAUCAUCAAGCAACAAUUGAGAACAAAUCGAUUGCUCCGAAGAUUUCUUGUACUUGGUACUUCUGGAGUUGGAAAGUCGGUGUUUGGGGUGUUCUUGCUACUGGUGUUCUUGACGGAGCGAAAGAAUGUAGCCUACCGUGGUCGUGAUGAUAAACUGAUCUACUUUACUUGGGAUAUUUUUGGUUAUAAAUGUUCACAAACGCCGUAUGCUGGUUGCAACUACGAUGGAUUGUUUGAUGGAAAGGGAACCGGUGAAGCAUUGCAACUUCGUAAAUUCAACUGCGCAUUUUUGUUCGCCGAUUCAUGCCCUCAGUCUUACAACGAAUUUGCCAAGACGCUUUGCUUUGAGGCGUAUAUGGAACCAUGGACCAAGAUUGAGUGCGACAUGUUUGCCGAUGCGAUUAACUUAAAUGGCAAAGACGAUUGGUUACGAACAGUCAAUCUUGUUGGGGGCAAACCAAGCGUUAUGGUUCAAUCACGCCAUGAGUCCGAAUAUUUGGUUCAUCAUGUGGAAGCAAGCACCCCUAAAAAUCUCGAAGAUGAUAAGUACGAGGUCCAGCCUCGCAAGCAGAAUCGAAUCGAUAACUGGACGGAUAGCGAUUCGUUUUAUUUGUACCGCAACGAGAACGCGUCCAGCCGUGCUUACCCAGCAACUUUUUUUGCAGUCGAGACAAUUAUGAAAGGGCAUUUCAAUAAUUACUCCAAUAAAAUACGUGAUUUAAUGCGGGCUCAAGCCUCGAUUGAUCAGUCCUGGCGAGGAAACGAAUUGCUGCAUGAACUUUCUGCCAGCAAGUUUUGUAUGAAAUCCCUCGAAGGAAACGGUGUCGGGACCGUGACGCAACAUGGUCCACUAAAUGCAGCGUUCGAGGCCAUUGAAGCGUCAUUCGAAAUUAGAAAUGAAUUAAUGCUGUACAUAUCGAUGUCAAAUUAUUUCCCAGCAACAAUUGACGGUGUGCUUGUCAUCCCACAAGAUGGUCGUAUUAUAUUAAACUCGAAAGAAUUACCUGUAGUCAUGCUUGCUCCGAGGCUUACGAAUCUCGACCCGCCCGCGCUCGAUGCAAUUUUAUUGAUGAUCUUGCUAAGAUCUAAAAAGAAAGCCAAGCGCGGUGUCGCUUGUCGAAUUACGUGA